AUGGCCUCCAAUGCACGUACUAGUAAGUUGUCGUCGGGUAAAACUGAGCAGUAUGUGUUUAACUGGAAAGCGUUCACGGGCUGGGAUUUUACGAUAGGGAAUGCAGAAACUGCUGGAAACGUUCAUAUGGCAAACGUUAUCAAAUUUCGGGAGGCGAUAGCUGAAUACGCGGUGAAUAUGAAGCGAAAGUAUAAAUGCUUACAAAUUCUGCUCAGAGUCUUCGCUAAUUUGUUAGUGUGUAUCAUGCUUGGAUUUUCAGUCUGGGCCAUAUUGGCGGUAAGCCAAAUAAGGGAAACUGACACAUUUAUAAAACAGAACGCCGUUUCAAUUACGGUAUCCUUCAUUACGCUAAUCUUUCCAAAUCUCUUUGAACUAAUUGGCAAGUUGGAACGAUACCAUCCGCGUACCGCACUAAGGAUACAGCUAGCAAGGUAA